AUGCCCUACGAUCCUUUAUGGAGUGUAAUUGCAAUCCGGGAUAUCGAGUGCUCAGAUGCUAGUCAUGUUUACUUGAUUGACCAUGCGUGGACUUUCAAGGGAAAUAGUAUUAAAAGUAGUCUAAGAAAUGUGCCGGGGCUUUUGGAAAGAAUGUGUAAUAUGAUGCAAGUAUCUGCAGAAACAACCGAGGAUCAAAUUGAUGAAGUAUCAAAAGCGGUGUGGAAGUAUGCACAUACUUAUGCAAUUGGUGGUGAUGAAUUUUCGAUUGAAGAACGAGUUCCAGUGUGGUACGUCUUAGACGAAUUGGGUUCUGGAAUUACUCAUUCAGACACGCCCAAUUUCCGAGCAGUGCCUUUCAUAUAUGUGCCUGAACAAUUAACUUACACAUUAUUGUUUCCAGUAAAAGAUGUUGAAGAAGGUGACAUGGUCACUAGAAACUUUGUAGAGGGUCAGUUCCAUGAUCCCAUGCAAAGAGAAGCAAUGCUUAUCCCAUGGAAGCACUAUGACCAUUUUGGGGAAGAUUUUGUUCAGGUGGAGCCAAGCACCAAAUAUUUUUUAGAGGGUCACAUAGUCGAAACUCUUCCGGAGUUAGAUUUGUUGAAAGUAAGAGAGAUUAAUGACACUACUAAGCUAAAAGUGUACUCAGAGUACAGAUAUAUCAAUGAACACCUCACAGCUCCCGAGUUUGAAAUAGUAGACAAUGAAAAUGAUGCUGAUGUACUGUGGUACAUUAACCAUUUCAAAGAAUUUCAAGAUUUAAGUGUUCAAUCGCCACACAAAUUUGUUAAUCAAUUCCCAUUUGAAUAUGUAAUGACAAUAAAAGAUUUGCUAGCUGUAAUUGCUAGGCGGUCUGCAGAAAAGUACAGUGAUGAAAAUAACUCUCUUGAUACAAACCCAGUUUGGUUGCCUACAACCUUUAAUAUGAAAACUGAGCUGCCCAAGUUUGUUGCAUAUUAUAUGCAGAGGAGGAAGGCUGGAUUAGAUAAUCAUUGGAUAUGUAAACCAUACAACCUUGCAAGAGGUUUGGACACUUAUAUCAGUGACAAUUUAGAUUUCCUAUGCCGAUUACCUCUGACUGGUCCUAAAAUUGCUCAGAAGUACAUUGACAACCCUGUCCUCUUUGAAAGACCAGAUGUUGGCCUGGUUAAGUUUGACAUUCGCUAUGUGAUACUCUUGACUUCUGUUAGACCAACAGAGGUUUAUGUUUACAAUAAUUUCUUCCUUCGAUUUGCUAAUAAACCAUUCUCUUUGGACAACUUUGAAGAUUAUGAAAAACACUUUACAGUUAUGAAUUACAGUGGUACUGCACAGCUUUUUAAGAUGUUAUGUGCAGACUUCAAAGCUGAGUGGUCUAGGCAGUUUGCCAACUAUGAUUGGGCAGAUGUUGAAAAAUCAAUAUUCAAGAUGUUAUCAGAGUUAUUUGAUGCAGCUACAUCAAAGGGGCCUCCUUGCGGAAUAGGGAAGAGCCCACAAUCCAAGGCAUUGUAUGCUGCAGAUAUUAUGCUGAGUUGGCGUAACGUCGGAAAUGAAAAGGUCAUUCAACCCAUCCUGUUGGAGAUGAAUUGGAUGCCAGACUGUCGGCGCGCAUGCGAAUAUUAUCCCGACUUUUAUAACGAUAUCUUUUCUGUAAUGUUUUUGAAUAAGGAAGUGGAGACCUGUACGAAAGUUAUGUAA